AUGGUUGGAAAUAAGAAGGGAAAGAAUAAGGCUUCACAAAAAGAUUUGAAGAGCUAUUUUAGCCAAGGUUCCAGUGGCUCAAGUCUAAGUACUCAUGGCAGCGGCGUAGUUGCUAUUGUAGAAGAUGUGCCUUUAGAAGAAAAUGUCUUGCCAUCUGUAGAACAUGAUGAAGAAGAAGAACAAGUUCAAGAAGGUAUAACUGACUUCAACCCGGAUCACAUUAUUUCUGAUCCGGGUCUUCGUAUUCCAAUCGAAAGAUUUUAUGCAAAUAUUAGAGAUGAAGUUAGGAGAGCUUUUAUAGCUAAAGGUCCAACCCAACCAACCGGUCAUAGAUUUCCUCCAUCAAGUGAUAAAAGGAGCUUUCAGAAAAAGUGGUUUAGUCAAUAUAGUUGGUUGGAAUAUAGUGUGGAGAAGAAUAAGGCAUAUUGCUUCUAUUGCUACCUUUUUAAGAAUGAUCGAAUGGAUGACAAAUUUGGUUAUGAUGCCUUUACAAAAGCUGGGUUCUCACAAUGGAAAAAUGCUUAUCUUGCACUUCCAAAACAUGUUGGUGGGCCUAGUAGCAUACACAAUGUUGCAUCAACAUCAUUUCAUGAUUUUGAUAACCAAAGGUCAAGCAUAAAACAUAAGGUUUCAAGUUAUAGCAAAGAUGCAUUGAUCAAAUAUGAGAAGUGA